GCAGUUGGAGGUCACGGUUAAUUAGUUGUGGGUUCACCCGUGGAGAGCUACUAGCCUUUGAUGUAGGGGGAUACAUUGGAUGGAGAAGAAGCUAUUAUUUCGAAGCCUUGCUACUUCUCACAUUACUGCCGUGAUUUACCAGCCUUUGCGGAGGGAGGUAGUAGCUGGACAUGAAGAUGGCAGCUUGAGGUGCUGGGAGCAGGACACUGGUAAACUGGUCAGCCUCAGUAACCACCACAAAGGAAGAAUAACAGACCUCCUUUUCUGGCCUGAGGGUAAGACCAUGUUCUCAGCGGCCAUUGAUUACACAGUAGUGCAGUGGUCACCUGCUGGAACACCAUUCAACACAAUUGAUUUAGGCUCUCCUAUCCACUGUCUAACCUGGAACCCUCGGAAGGAUGGCCUCCUCUGCGGCAGGGACGGAUACAUUUCACUGUUAACGCCCUCAGGAAAGAAUUCCACCAGUGGAAAUCCUCUUCUCUCAAGAAGAGAAACAAGAAUAGAAGGUCACUCUGGCAUUGUCAAGUGUCUGGUUUCCUUGGGUACCAAGGUCUACUCUGCUGGGUAUGACAACAUGCUGGUGGUGUGGGAAGUGUCCACUAUGCCUGGGGACCAGGACUCCCCCCUACGAGCCCUGGUGACUCAUACCAACGCUCACGACGCUGGUAUCACUACUCUCAUUGUGGCCAAGGACGCUGACAGUAGCACCUGGCUGGCUACUGGAUCCUUUGACGGCAAGUGCAAACUAUGGACUGGGGAUGGAAAACUAAUGUUUCAGGUGCAGUGCAGUGGCCCAGUGACGGGGCUCUGUCAGGUGCCCCACACUGGUGUGCUCUGGGUUGCAGCUGGGUCCUCUGUCAACUAUUAUGAGCCAAAGUCUGGAGAGUGUAUUACGGAUGUUGUGCCAAUUCUGAACAAUCAACGAAACCUGGACAAGCCCCAAGUCCAAGGUGUUCAGCUGCUCAAGUAUAUCCCAGAGGCUAACCAGGUUAUAGGGUCGACCCAUCUGAAGGAGGUGGUGGUGUGGGCGUACACUCCGAGCUGUAGCGUAUGUGUUCAUCCCUCCCCCUCCCCUCACGCCCACAUUGAGACCAUUGCUUACACCAACAAGAGGCCUAUACUGCUGUUCACUGGCACGAGUGAUGGGCUGGUUACUAAGUGGGAUAGACUGCAGCUCAAUCCAUUCAUGUACAGCACUGAGCAACUGCACUACAAGGCUCGGCUGGCGUCACAUCUCGUGAGUGAGGAGGCGGAGUGGAACCUGAUCAGGAUGGCAUUUGGAGGGGAUUCCCCCACUGCUGACAAGGGGCAGAGUCAACCAGAAACCAAGGAGGCCGAUAGAAAACUGAAGGAGAGAGCACGAAAGAAAUUGCUAGAGGCUGACUAUCGGGGUUUUGUGUGCUCAAUGUUUGUGGAGGAACUGGAUUACGUGGUCUGUUCUUGUCUUGACGGGAGAAUUGUGGUAUGGGGCUACGACAUGAGUACUGUUAGAGUGCUGAGUGAGCUACAGAGGAAGGCAAGAGAACUGGCCAAUGGACACAAGGAGACUAUCGGAGGAGAAAAAACUAGUACAGAAGACCCAGUGAUUAAUCGAGUAGCUGGGUUUAUGUGUAUGCACAUUCUGAACGGACACACCGGAUGUGGGAGUGGUCUGGAGCUGGUAGAGCACAAGUCAAAGCUUUAUCUGGUGUCUUCUGGUUGGGACUGUGCUGUUUGUGUGUGGGACUUGACUGAAGGACAACUUCUUGCCAAACUUCAGCACACGGACACUGCUUCCGAUGACAUCAUUACAUGCCUAGCCUACAGCCCUACCACGGACAGCAUAGCCUAUUCCAUGUCAAAUUGUAUAGUCUACUUGCGUCAGUUCUCCACACGACAGUCGGAGAUGAAGCUCACGGGGAAACUUGAGGGCCACACUGGCGAAGUAACACAGGUGAGGUGGAACAGUUUCACUGAGAAGUGGGUCACAGGCUCAGAGGAUGGGACCAUAAAGAUCUGGAGGAGUGACGGCCAGGGCGAGUGUGAGCAGCUGGUGUCUGUCGGAGGGCCUGUCUCAUUCGUCACCAUCGACAAGAAGUAUGGCUUCAUAUUGGCAGCCAUCCAUAAUGUUAUCAGGGUGUACAACACUGACCUUGAGUUACUGCAAGUGUGUAGAGGUCACGAAGACAGUGUUAGAGCUGUCUUACACAUACCGGAGAAUGAUCAGUAUGUGACAGCUGGCUGGGACAAGACCCUGAGACUUUGGUCGGCUUAUCAGCCACGGACUCAUACUUCAUAGCUAUAAUAAUUUUUUAUCGACUUUUUAAACUGAUGAUUUUUAUUUUUUUACACCAUUUUUAUACAUGUACAUGUAGACAGUC